GCCUGCGCUGGGGAGCUCCGCCGCCGCCGCCGCCGCCGCUGCCCGGGAGCCGGGAGCCGGGCCGCCGUCAUGCUGAGCCGGCUCGGGGCGCUGCUGCAGGAGGCCGUGGGGGCGCGGGAGCCCAGCAUUGACCUGCUGGAGGCCUUCGUGGAGCACUGGAAGGGCAUCACGAACUACUACAUCGAAAGCACAGAUGAAAACACCCCGGCCAAGAAAACGGACAUUCCCUGGAGGCUGAAGCAGAUGCUGGACAUCCUGGUGUACGAGGAGAGGCAGCAGGCGGCGGCGGGCGCGGCGGGGCCCUGUCUGGAGUACCUGCUGCAGCACAAGAUCCUGGAGACCCUGUGCACGCUGGGCAAGGCCGAGUACCCGCCAGGCAUGCGGCAGCAGGUGCUCCAGUUCUUCAGCAAGGUUCUGGCCCAGGUGCAGCACCCACUCCUGCAUUACCUCAACGUCCACAGGCCUGUGCAGAAACUUCUCCGACUUGGUGGGACAGUUCCUGGAUCCUUCACAGAGAAGGAGGAGGUGCAGUUCACCACCGUCCUCUGCUCCAAGAUCCAGCAGGAUCCAGCCCUGCUCACGUACAUCCUGGAAGGUAAAAAGACUGUCAGUAAGAAGAAGGCAUCCAGAGAGGCCGCCACCCUGCCCAAAGAGGCAGCCAGCGUCAAGGACAAGGAUCACCCCCACAGCAAGGCUCCUGACGGGGGUCCCUGUGGGGCCCGGGUCUUGAGCACCCAGCCACCUGCUGAGACUGAGGAACCAAAUGGGGGGAUUGGGGAGAGCAACCUGAUCACCUCCCUGAUUGGCUUGUGCAAGAGCAAGAAAGGUCGGGUGGCUCUGAAGGCCCAGGAGAACCUGCUGCUCCUGGUGAGUGUGGCUUCCCAGGCCGCCGCCACCUACCUGGUGCAGAGCAGCCCUUGUUGCCCGGCCGUCGUCGAGCACCUUUGCCAGCUGUACCAGUCCCUGCCCUCCUUCCUGGACCCCGCAGACAUCGCUGCUUUAGAGGGCAUUAGCUGGAGGUUACCCAGUGCCCCGUCCGAUGAGGCUUCCUUCCCUGGCAAGGAGGCCUUGGCUGCCUUUUUGGGCUGGUUCGAUUACUGCGACCACCUCAUCACAGAGGCGCACACGGUGGUUUCGGAUGCCUUGGCAAAGGCUGUGGCUGAGAAGUUAUUCGUGGAGAUUCUGCAGCCCCAGCUCCUACAUGUGUCUGAACAGAGCGUCCUGACCGCCACCGCCCUGCUCACAGCUAUGCUGCGCCAGCUUCGCUCCCCUGGGCUGCUGGGAGAGGCCGUGGCCUUCCUCCUGGGCACAGACCAGCAGCCUGCAGUCCCUGAGGACAGCCCCCACACCCUGUGUGCCCACCUCAUCAGGCACUGCGACCACCUCUCUGAUGAGAUCAGCAGCGCCACACUGCGGCUGUUUGAGGAGCUGCUCCAGAAGCCCCACGAGCACAUCGUCCGCAGCCUGGUCCUGUGUCACCUGGAGGGCCGCCCUUACGUGGCCCGGGGCUCACCUGAGCCCGAGAGCUACGAGGACACCCUGGAUCUGGAGGAGGACCCCUACUUCACAGACGGCUUUCUCAACUCCAGCUUUCAACCCUCCACAAAGCCUCCCCCUGCCCCUGCCACCAACCCCGAUGGCAAAACUGCGGUGACCGAGAUCGUCAACAGCUUCCUCUGCCUUGUUCCUGAGGAAGCCAAGACCUCGGCUUUCCUGGAGGAGACCGGAUACGACACGUACGUCCACGAUGCUUACGGACUGUUCCAGGAGUGCAGCUCCCGAGUCGCGCCCUGGGGCUGGCCACUGGGUCCCCCACCCUUGGACCCCCAUGAGCCCGAACGGCCUUUCUUCGAGGGUCACUUCCUCCAAAUGCUCUUUGACCGCAUGUCCCGGAUUUUAGACCAGCCUUACAGCCUGAAUCUGCAGGUGACCUCAGUCCUGUCCCGGCUCGCCCUCUUCCCCCACCCUCUCAUCCACGAGUACCUCCUGGAUCCCUACAUCAGCCUGGCCCCUGGCUGCAGGAGCCUGUUCUCUGUGCUCGUCAGGGUGAUUGGGGACUUGAUGCAGAGAAUUCAGAGAGUGCCCCAGUUCCCAGGCAAACUGCUCCUGGUGCGCAGGCAGCUGAUGGGCCAGGUCCCCGGGGAGCAGCUGGACCACCAGACCCUCCUCCAGGGCGUGGUAGUACUUGAGGAAUUCUGCAAGGAGCUGGCUGCCAUCGCGUUCGUCAAGUUCCCCCCACGUGGUCCUCACCUGUGCCUCUCCACACCCCCGGAAGGGCAUGUCUGAGCCAGGAGCAUGACGGGAGGGGACACUCCUGUCCACACCUCUGCUCAAGAGCCGCCACCCUCCUCCCAGGGCGGAGGCUUGGCUCCGUCUCCUCUACAUCCCAGGGACCACAGCCCAUGCGGAGGCCUGGGCUUCUGCUCCUGGGUUAACUCAAGAAGACCUUGGCCUAUUGGCCACACCAGAUGGGAUUUAAAGGCAUGGGUCUCUGAGGUACCAGAAGCCAAGAAGCAAAAGAGAUGGCUUCCUGGGCAGCAUGGUGUCCUCAGGUCUUCCCUGGGGAGCUGGGUGAUGGCCAGGUGGGCACCCAGACCCUGACCCUCAUGUGCUCUAUGCUUGUCACCCAUCUGUAUGGGCCAUCUGCGGCCAGAGCCAAGGCCUGAGACUCAAUUCCAGGGGCACGAGGGGCAGUGCGCUAAUGGCUUCAAAGCUGGUCAGGGCCACAGGCGAGAGGAAUGGGGGCAUGGCCUUGCCUCUGUCACACCAGGUACCAUAGACGCUGCUGAGAUUUGACAUUUCUCCUGCCUUCUUGGCUUAACCCUUGGGGAAGGGGCAGAGGACAGCAGGGGAAGCCCCCUCUUCCCGCUCGACCCUCGUGGAGACUGUUGCAAAAUUCCCAGCCGCCUUGUGGCAAAUGCCCAAAGCAUGCUCCGCGCCCAGGCGGGGGCAGCUGCUAAUGAGAAGCUUGAUGCAACUGCAGCCAGGGCGGGAGAGGGCCUGGGGAGCUGGGGGGCUGGGUGCCAGGCUCCAGUUCCAGCUGGUUUCUCUCUGGCGCCUUCUGAACCCGUCUCGGCAGGUCCACAACACCUGGGCAGAGGGGCUCAGAGACUGGGAAAGGCCAGGCCUCGCCCUUAGCUUUCUGCCUGCUGUGUUCUCAAUGGAAUACUCUCCCAGGGGUGCAGGAAGCUCUGGUGAGACCAGGAUGACCACCUGGCCAGAGGCCCCCAAGGCCUGGCGAGGAGGGGCUGGGGCGCAGGCAGCUGGUCGUGGUGGCGUUCUCCCUGCGUGCCCUCUGUGGCUAGGGCUGCCACCCAACCCGGCCCGAAUCUGUCUCGACCUGCAGGAACACAGGCGGCGCCAGGCAUUACCUCAGCAAACUGCAGUCGCUGGCUUCGCUCCUGGGCAAGGAGGAGCAGCCAGAGCCCCUUUCGCUUCCUUUUCCUGCCCAUGCCGCUUCUAGAAGCAGGCCGCAGGUUGCCAAGAGGUGACAUGAAAGCAGAGGAAACUCAGUGACCUCUGCCUCUCCCGCAUUCCUCCAAGCUGGGGAGGAUUUCACUGCUGCUCCGAGGACACCAGGCAUGUGCCUGCAUGUGUGCGCACACGUGGGCGUCGGUGGGGGACGGGAGCGGAGCUCAGCGGGCCAGCUGGGUCUGGACUCCUGGAUUCAGAAAACAUUCGUGCGUCCGCGGGUCACACACACUCCCCUCCUCGAUGUGCUUGGGUGCUCACACUGCGUCGCCCCGGUCAGCAUGGCAAUAAAUGGUGUGGUUGCGUGGA